AUUUUCAGACAAUACGUUAAUGAUAUGAACCAUAAUGGCCUAAGAUAUUACAAUAUACGAGUCCCAUGAACACUAUAUAUAAGGUACGUGACAAUAAUGACCUUCACUUGACUGUCAAAAGUACUUGCAAGAGCGCAUAAAGAGCUAAUAGUCAAUACAGUUUCAGUUUAUAGUCAGUUAUUGUUACAGGCUAGUGCAAGAUGUUCGCGCUUAAAUUUAUUUUUAUUUGGCUGCUGGUCAAUAAAUUGUCGUUAGUUUAUUCCGCUGAAACAAAAUUCGAGAGCUCAGAAUGUGCCGGGCAGAAAAUAAGAGAUGCAGAUUGUGAAAAAGGUGAAAUUAGAUUUUCAUCGCGACAUAAACGAUCAACGACUGAUAAAUUUUCAAUCAGCCUCGUAGCUUUUGGAAAAGAAAUCAAUUUGUUGUUGACAGAAAGAGAAGGUGCAUUUUUUAGUUCAGCUAUGCCAGUUUACAGGCUUUUUAGAGCUGCUGAUGUGACAUACAGGAUAGAUGGCAAUAAUGAUAUGGAUGAAUUUGUAAACACAAAAACAUUCGAAGAAGCCUCUCACUCUGCAUCGGUGACCAUUGAAAUUCUUCCCGAUGGGGCUGGAAAAAUUAAGGGAGGAUUCAUUGGUUCAGAAAGUUUACUGUUUAUUUGGAACCCACAGAACCAGGUGUAUCAAUUUUAUAAAUUCAAUGACGGAAGAACUACCGAAGAGUAUUUUCUGAAUGAAAAUUACCUAACGUCUCACGCCGAUAACUCGCUUGAGUAUCUUCCUUAUCCGUAUAAUUAUUAUCAGAACUUGCAAAAGUCCCGGAUUCCAAAAAUUAUCUAUCCAAAAGUACUAGUGGUCGUCGAUUAUCAAUUGUUGAUCAAUAUUGGAGAAGAUAAAAUAAUGAUGUACGUGCUGCACCGCUGGAAUCUAAUUGACAUGGUCUACCGAGGCCUCCGCAGUCCUCAAUUCAAAUUUAAUAUCGCGGGAAUUGUUAUAUCAACGGGUCCGGAUUCAUUGAAAUACUUGUCUGAUAGUUCAUAUUACGUCAACAACGUGAAGAAUGUGGACAUAAACGCUUCACUGAAUUUAUUCAAGAGAUGGUUGUUUCACCACAAUCACAUUAUUCCCAUUAACAGCUACGAUCUGGGCAUAACAAUGAUAUCGAAACAAACAAUACCUUCAUAUUAUUCAGAAUCAGGAACGAUUAGUGUCAAUGGUGAAGCGUUUAAAGGUACUGCCUGUGUAACUGAUUACGGUCGCCAGGAAGUACUCAAAGUUGGCGUCGUGUCAGAUGCUGGAAUCUACAUGUAUAUCAUCACAGCAGCCCAUGAAGUUGGUCACUUAUUUGGAGCUGAUCAUGAUGAUGAUAUAUGUACUGGUCCAGGAAAUUAUAUCAUGGCAGCAUCGUCACAGCAUACGAAUCUUCACCUCGAAUGGUCACAAUGUACAAUACAAGCAUUCAAAAAUUUUCUAAGAAAAAACCCAACGUGUAUGUCCGACCAACCGAACAUCAAAAUAUUUACAGGAAAUGUGUAAUAUGUGAGUCAUUAAAAAUUAAAUAAUAAUUAAUCGAUC